AUGCAAAGCAAGGGUGUCCUUCUUUGUACAGAUGUUGCUGCUCAUGGAUUAGACAUUCCAGCUAUAGAUUGGAUUAUUCAAUAUGAUCCACCAGAUGAUCCCCAUGAUUACAUUCAUCAUGUGGGAAGAACAGCUCAUGCUGGUGAUGUUGCUGCUCAUGGAUUAGACAUUCCAGCUAUAGAUUGGAUUAUUCAAUAUGAUCCACCAGAUGAUCCCCAUGAUUACAUUCAUCAUGUGGGAAGAACAGCUCAUGCUGGUGCAAAAGUUCCAUUAAAUGAAUACCAAUUUCCUGCCAAUAAAAUUGCCAAUGUUCAAUCACAGCUUAUGCUUCAUAUUCAUUAA